AGGAUGCUGUGUGAGUGUGUGUGCGCCAGCGAGCGCGCGUGUGGGCUAUGCACGCGGACCCUUCAGCCCUCAUCAUGAGCGGUUCAGGCUCAUGAGGGAGGCUUCUCUAAGACGGCGUCGGGGUUGCUGUAGUGUGCUUGAAGCGUGGAAGUAGCUUAGUUGAAUGCUUCACAGAGACUCUUUACUUGCACCUUUUUCUUCUUCUUUCUUCCCCCCCCCCCCUUUUUUUCCCCUUGCAAACAUUAGUGUGGCAACUGUGCAUGGGCACGCAGGAGUGGGCUGCUGCCCACCAAGUCUGACUCUGUUUCGGAGCUGCUGAGAAGAAGACCAUGUAAGAAUCGGCAGGCAUCCCUUGCAGAUCAUUCCGGAUUCACAGCCAAGAUGCAGAAAGGGAUGAGACUCAAUGAUGGCCAUAUCACCUAUCUGGCUCUUUUGGCGAAAAAGGAUGGGACGAGGCGAGGUUGCCUAAGUAAGAAAAGCUCAGACAACACAAAAUGGCAUUCAAAGUGGUUCGCUCUGUUGCAGAAUAUGCUGUUUUAUUUCGAAAACGACUCCAGCUCACGCCCCUCCGGACUGUACCUGUUGGAGGGUUGCGCUUGUGACAGGGCACCGUCACCGAAGCCAUCUCUCUCAGCGAAGGAAUGCUUAGAGAAGCAGUAUUAUUUUACUGUCACGUUCAACCAUGACCACCAGAAGGCUUUGGAGCUGCGCACAGAGGACGUCAAGGACUGUGAUGAGUGGGUGGCUGCUAUCACACAGGCCAGUUACAGGAACCUGGCUACAGAGCAUGAGACCCUCAUGCAGAAGUACCUCCAUCUACUCCAAAUCGUGGAGACGGAGAAAACGGUUGCCAAGCAACUUCGACAACAGAUAGAGGAUGGGGAAAUCGAGAUAGAGCGGCUAAAAUCAGAGAUCGCUGGGCUGCUCAAGGACAAUGAGAAGAUCCAGUCAAAUCCAGAAGUGCCACCCAGUGAGGAUGACACAGAGAUCAAGAAGAUCAAAAAGGUCCAAAGCUUCCUGCGAGGUUGGAUUUGUCGCAGGAAGUGGAAGACCAUCAUCCAGGACUACAUUCGUUCGCCCCACGCCGAGAGCAUGAGGAAGAGGAACCAGGUAGUGUUUAGUAUGCUGGAGGCCGAGGCCGAAUAUGUCCAGCAACUCCACAUCCUGGUCAACAACUUCCUGCGGCCGCUCCGCAUGGCCGCAAGCUCCAAGAAGCCACCCAUCACCCAUGAUGAUGUCAGCAGCAUCUUCCUUAACAGUGAGACCAUCAUGUUUCUCCACCAAAUCUUCUACCAGGGUCUGAAGGCCAGGAUAGCCAGCUGGCCGACACUGGUUCUGGCUGACUUGUUCGAUAUCUUGCUUCCCAUGCUGAACAUCUACCAGGAGUUUGUCAGGAACCACCAGUACAGCCUGCAGAUCCUGGCUCACUGCAAGCAGAACCGAGACUUCGACAAGCUGCUGAAGCAGUAUGAGGCCAAGCCCGACUGUGAGGAGAGGACGCUUGAGACCUUCCUCACCUACCCCAUGUUUCAAAUCCCUCGUUACAUCCUGACGUUGCAUGAGUUACUGGCUCACACACCCCAUGAGCAUGUGGAGAGAAACAGUUUGGACUACGCAAAGUCAAAAUUGGAGGAACUUUCCAGAAUCAUGCAUGAUGAGGUGAGUGAGACGGAGAACAUCAGGAAGAACUUGGCUAUUGAGCGGAUGAUUGUGGAGGGUUGUGAAGUGUUGCUGGACACCAGCCAGACAUUUGUUAGGCAAGGUUCUCUGAUCCAGGUGCCGAUGAGCGAGAAAGGGAAGAUCACGAGAGGCCGACUGGGCUCACUGUCUCUGAAGAAGGAAGGCGAGAGACAGUGUUUCCUCUUUUCCAAACAUCUCAUCAUCUGUACCCGAGGCUCUGGAGGAAAACUUCACAUCACUAAGAACGGAGUGGUCUCUCUCAUAGACUGCACACUGAUGGAGGAGCCAGAGGGGACAGAUGAUGAGUCCAAAGGGGAGCGGAGUGGCCAGGACACAGAGCACCUGGACUUUAAAGUGAUGGUGGAGCCCAAAGACGGCCAGCCUUACACCGUCAUCCUGGUGGCUUCAUCCCGACAGGAGAAGUCAGCAUGGACGAGUGACAUCAGCCAGUGCAUUGACAACAUCCGCUGCAAUGGUCUGAUGAUGAACGCCUUCGAAGAAAACAGUAAAGUCACCGUGCCACAGAUGAUUAAGUCGGAUACCAGCUUGUACUGCGAUGAUGUUGACAUCCGCUUCAGCAAGAUGAUGAACUCCUGUAAGGUGCUGCAGAUCCGCUACGCCAGUGUGGAGCGCCUGUUGGAGAGGCUGACCGACUUGCGCUUCCUCUCCAUCGAUUUCCUGAACACCUUCCUCCACUCUUAUCGCGUCUUCACCACAGCUGACGUAGUGCUGGACAAGCUCAUCACCAUCUACAAGAAGCCCAUCAGUGCCAUCCCUGCACGUUCUUUGGAGCUUUUCUUUGCCAGCAGCCAGAACAACAAACUCCUCUACGGCGAGCCACCCACAUCGCCGCGUGCCAGCCGCAAGUUCUCCUCCCCUCCUCCUCUCUCCAUCACCAAGACGUCCUCGCCGAACCGCCGUCGCAAGCUUUCGCUCAACAUUCCCAUCAUCACAGGGGGCAAAGCCCUGGACCUGGCUGCACUCAGCUGUUCUCCCAAUGGCUAUGCAAGCAUGCACUCCACCAUGUCACCCUUCAGUAAGACCACCCUCGACAUCAACAAGCUCUAUGUGUCUAGCACCAUGGCAAGCAAAAUCCCUGACGAGGGUGAGCCCAAAGCCGAAGGAAAAGCUGAGGAGUCUGUCCUCAGCAAGCAAGAUCUGUCGGUGAGAGAGGAAUGUGAUGAAGACCCAAGUCAGAGUGACGAGGCAGAAUCAGAAAUGUCUCCUCCCAAGUCCCCGUCAACACCUAAGAAUGUCAAGUCAAAAAACUCUGAGUUUUCCCUGUUUUCCUUCAACAAUGGCAUGGUGGUGUCAUCUUGCCGGGAGCUGGACAACAACCGCAGUGCCCUUUCUGCCGCCUCGGCCUUUGCCAUCGCCACCGCUGGUGCCAAUGAAGGCACACCAACCAAGGAGAAGUACCGUCGUAUGUCCCUCGCAAGCACAGGUUUUCCUACAGACCAGAGGAAUGGGGACAAAGAGUUCGUUAUUAGACGAGCCGCCACAAACCGAGUCCUGAAUGUGCUGCGUCACUGGGUCUCCAAACACUCACAGGAUUUUGAGCUCAACACCGAGCUGAAGAUGCGGGUAAUUGGUUUCCUGGAGGAGGUGAUGCAUGACCCAGAGCUCCUGACACAGGAAAGAAAGGCAGCUGCCAACAUUAUCAGGACUCUAACUCAGGAGGACCCUGGAGACAACCAGGUCACUCUGGAAGAGAUCACACAGAUGGCCAUGGAGGACUGUAAGACUGAACCGUUUGAGAGCCACUCUGCCCUUGAGAUAGCUGAGCAGCUCACACUGUUGGACCACCUGGUCUUCAAGGUCAUCCCCUACGAGGAGUUCUUUGGUCAAGGCUGGAUGAAGAAUGACAAGAACGAGAGAACUCCGUACAUCAUGAAAACAACCAAGCAUUUCAAUGAUAUCAGUAACAGGAUCGCCACAGAGAUCCUGCACUGGGACGAUGUCAACAUGCGGGUGGCAGUGAUCGAGAAAUGGGUGGCAGUGGCUGACAUCUGCCGCUGUCUCCACAACUACAAUGCCGUUCUGGAGAUCACAUCCUCUCUCAACCGCAGCUCCAUCUUCCGCCUCAAGAAGACCUGGCUCAAAGUCUCCAAGCAGACUAAGACUGUGAUCGACAAGUUACAGAAGCUGGUGUCAUCAGAGGGACGGUUCAAAAACCUGAGGGAAGCGCUGAAGAACUGUGACCCUCCCUGUGUUCCCUACCUGGGAAUGUACCUGACUGACCUGGCCUUCAUUGAGGAGGGAACACCCAACUACACCGAAGACAACCUGGUCAACUUCUCCAAGAUGAGAAUGAUAUCUCACAUUAUCAGAGAGAUACGGCAGUUUCAGCAGACAGCUUACAAGAUUGAUUAUCAACCAAAGGUGGUAAAGUACUUGUUGGACAGUAGUAUGGUGCUGGAUGAGGAGAGCCUGUAUGAAGCGUCUCUGAGAAUCGAGCCCAAAACUUCAUCAUGAAGAGGAUCUCUUACUCUCAGCCCUCAUAUGGAGUGUACAGGAACAAUGUAUCAUAAUGUACAUAUACUACUAUUUGUAUUAGACACAGUAGGCAGUGCCCUUCUAGUAUGUGCUCCCUAAUGGACUUGUUGUGUAUAAUUGUUAUUAGAGACUGAGUAGAAGCCCAGAGAGGUUUUAUUUAUAUAGUAACAGAGUAUUUAUAUGUUAUUAUCGUCUUAAAAUACCGUUUUAUGAUGACAUUAUUUUCAACCACAGAAUAAACAGAUGAGAGAGUAUAUAGACAUGGUAUUUAGUCAUAUCCUAAUGGGAAUAAAAAAGGCGGUCAUUCAUGAGAGAUGGUGGUCACAUUUGACACAUGAUGAUCAACUCCCACUUUUCUGCUCACAUGUCAAAGUCAAGAGAGGACUGCACAACUGCAGAAAUCUUUAAACUUUAUUUAAAGCCCCCAUACAGACAUUCUGCCUUAUUAGUACAGAAGCCAUUUCUUCACUCUAUUUGUCCUCAAGUGUAGACCUUAGAAGUAAUAUAAAUAUAUGCUAAUCCUCUAGCUGUAUGAUCAUUCAUGUAAAGUUGUACUCCUUAAAACUUCAGUCCUGGUUGAUUUGAAUUCAGCUAGGGAAUGGCGGGCUCCGCCCCUGACAAUUAAAACUACUACAUAGAGAGGUAGUUAUUGAAUGUAAAUACACUGAAUGGCUGUUGCAGAAAAAAUAGUAUCAAAAAUGGGGUUUGAUUAAAUAAAAAUCUCAAAGAUAUGAACUUUAAGGUUUUGAAAUUAAGACAUUUUUCUUUAGAACUUAAACUCAGAGAAGUAAAAGAGGUGAAAAGUGGGACAGCUGCGGUGGCUAAAGCUGAAUCAUGUGCUCUGAUGUUGUAUGUAGCCACUGCAAGAUAAAGAUAUUUGGAAGUUUUGGAGUCAGGCUGACACACCUACUGAUUCUGACUUAACUGGGACACGUUCAUUCAGUUCGGAGAGAUGGGUUUUUAUGCUUUACUUAUUAUCACUUUAUUCCCCUGGUGGGCAACGUGAUGUAUAUACAGUAUAAGCACCGGGCAGUGUAUGUAGCAGAUGUAACCAAUAUUGAGGCACUUCAGGAAGUUAAACUCCCAGCUUUUACACUCAGACAGUGAGAGCAUAGUUUUUAUGGUUAAUCCUCUUUGGCCAGUGCAUUAUGGUUUUGCCUUAAUCAUGAAAUGGAUUAUAUACCACACAAGUAUGUAAACUAUUUUGUUCUACGAUUUGCCAAUGAAGCAGAAAUAUUUGCUGUGUACAAUAUUGUGUACAGGCAGUCUGAUGCAUUUCCUAAUGUGCAAUGUGUUAAAAAACAUAUCCCUUGAAAUGUGUUAUCCUUAUGAUUGUUCAACUCUAAUAACUUUUCUGUGUAUGAUACUUUAAAACAAAUGUUGAAAACAACUUAUAAGUGUAACACAUUCUGUAUCCUGUCUAUUCCAAUGUGUUAGCAGGAACUAUACAGUAGUAAUAUUGUGCUUAUUCUUGGAAUAUUUAUAUGUAUUUUUUACAGGCUUUGUAUAGAAAAACACCUAAAGCUUAAGUGGCAGGCAUGUGCCACCUUCACGUGUUCAAAUCAAAUCUAUAUCUAGAAUUGUGUACUGUAUUUAAACCCCACCCUUGCACAUGAGUCUUUACCCUCUUAACAGGCACAUGAGAUGUUUGCAGUGAGCAAUACCCAGUGGUAUGAGAAUUAUAUUUCAGUCUAUUUCAACAGCUUGAGUAGUAUUUCCAGUUUUGUAUAAAAGUGUAUUCUUUCCUGAUUACCUCUUGUUAAUAAAUCUAUUCUUUCUCAGGGGGA